AAAAGGAAAAUACCACUUAAAUUCUAUUGGUUGUGGGAUUUCUUUUUUUUUCUUUUUUAUUUGCUGUGAUUGGUUGGCAUGAGUGUUCCAGGGAAUCCCUCCAGCCAGUCAUUUAAGCUGUCUGUUAGACUCAUGUGGAGCAGAAAGUUCACAGUCCUCUGAAAAGGAGAGAGCUAUCCAAUACCUUUCACUUUGAAAUUGUAUCUCAGCCCUUCAACUUGAGCACUAUGGAUUUGACCUCCGGAAUAGAGAAGAUGUGUGUGGGGCAGCAGCCAGUGUUUCCAGUGGCGAGGGGCGCGACGUGUCUGUCAUGUAAAGGGAUCUGCUCUGGAUUCAUCCCACAUUCCUGGAGGAAAGUGUGCACAGUGUGUGGUUGCAGUGUGGAGGACCACAGCUCCAGUUGUGACCUGGACGAUGACCACAAGAUUGGCCUACUCCUGGCCGACUCCAAAUAUGCCCACCUGACCGCCAAGGUGAAGGGCAUCCGGGUGUACAAACGGAACCGCAUGGUCGUCACCAACUCUGUGGUGUCCAGGAAGGACCCCACCUUCAACACCAUCACCUACGACUGGGCCCCGCCAGGACUCACACAGAAACUGGCCAUGCUGUACAUGGCGUUGGUCCCGGAGGAGAAGCGUCCAGUAGCAGGGACGGAGGGAGCGAUGUACCGGCGCAGGCAGUUGAUGAGACAGCUACCAGUCUACGAUCAGGACCCCUCCCUGUGCCACGGGUCUCUGUCAGAGGACCAGCUCCAGGCCAUGUCUGUCUUCAUGAAGCGCUACAAAGAGGAGGCUCUAGGAGUAGGGGAGGUGGCGCUGCCUGGGGAGGGAGGCGCUAACCCUCCGCCCGUCAUCAAAGGACAUAGGCAGAAGAACGGGGCUGUGACCGGGGGACCUAGGAAGGUCCCCAUUAUCCAGUCAGACCCUAACACGACCACCACCAACGGGACAGACGACCACUAUAAGAAGAGUAAAUACCAUUGCAGUGGUUGCUGGGAGCUCACCCCCCUGGACAGUCCUGUGGUGUAUGCAGAGGGGGCAGGCUACGACAAGCAGUGGCACCCGACCUGCUUUGUGUGUUCAGAGUGUGGGGAGGCCCUGGUUGAUCUGGUAUACUUCUGGAAGGAAGGAGAGCUGCUGUGUGGAAGACACUACUGCCAGAGGACCAGACCCCGUUGUGCAGGCUGUGACGAGCUGAUCUUCUGUGAGGACUACAAGAAGGGGGCAGAUGGCCGGGCGUGGCACCAGGACCAUUACUGCUGCUGGCGGUGUGGACAGAGUCUGGACAGCCCCUGUUCCUGCCCCCAAACAAACUGCCCCAGCACUGUUUAGGUCCCCUGGCCCCACUCCUUUCCCCCAGCCCUGUUUAGGUCCCCUGGCCCCACUCCUUUCCCCCAGCACUGUUUAGGUCCCCUGGCCCCACUCCUUUCCCCCAGCCCUGUUUAGGUCCCCUGGCCCCACUCCUUUCCCCCAGCCCUGUUUAGGUCCCCUGGACCCACUCCUUUCCCCCAGCCCUGUUUAGGUCCCCUUGCCCCACUCCUUUCCCCCAGCCCUGUUUAGGUCCCCUGGCCCCACUCCUUUUUACCCAGCCCUGUUUAGGUCCCCUGGCCCCACUCCUUUCCCCCAGCCCUGUUUAGGUCCCCUGGCCCCACUCCUUAUCCCCAGCCCUGUUUAUGUCCCCUGGCCCCACUCCUUUCCCCCAGCCCUGUUUAGGUCCCCUGGUCCUAAAAAUGUAAUUAUAAAUAUGUUAAUAUUUAAUAAUAAUGAUAAAUUAUAAUAUGCAAUAAUUCUUCUAAAAUGUAAUAACAGUGUAAUAAUAGUAAAUCUGAUUUUUUUUAGUUAAAUUAUAGAGAAUAAAUAAAGAUAAUUUGUUUGUUUUUAAAAUGGCCGUUAUUUGUGCUCUUAUGCUAACAAUUUGACCAUUUCUGCCUCGUUGAAGUAGAUGAUUAUGUUAAUUUUAAUCUAAUUUAAGUAGUUAUCCAUUUUGUUUUAGUUAGUAGUUAAUGUACAGUUAACCAUUUUGUUGGUCUAGUUAGUAAUUUAAGUACAGGUAUCCAUUUUGUUGGUCUAGUUAGUAAUUUAAGUACAGGUAUCCAUUUUGUUUGUCUAGUUAGUAGUUAAUGUACAGUUAACGAUUUUGUUUGUCUAGUUAGUAGUUAAUGUACAGUUAACGAUUUUGUUGGUCUAGUUACUAAUUUAACGAUUUUGUUUGUCUAGUUAGUAGUUAAUGUCCGGUUAUCCAUUUCCUACAUGUACAUUAUAGAUAUUUGAUGUUAUAAAACUGUUUUG